CUCCCGAAGAAAGUUGCGAAUCACAUCAGAAUUUCCUUUGCCAAAGUAAAACCAACCAACAUGAGACCCAGGCCAACUACCAGCGACAGCGAUGUCUCCGAACUCCAAAGGUGUAGCAGCAUACCUAGCCAGAUCACCACGGCCAGCUCGCCUGAAGACAGUGACGAGCUAGGCGAGCAGUGGCCAAGUGGUCUUGGCCGCCUCUCGCACCUCUCUGCCAUGUCCAAGUUCUCUAUGAAGCUUAACCAGAUCCACCACAUCAAAAUCUGUGCCACCAACAACGAGACCAAGGAUGGUGCUACCGUCUACGUCUUGAACGUCUACCUGCGCUUCGUGCAAAAGGGUCUUCCACCACCGCCCGGCCUUGGUGAGUCCGAAGGCCAGCGAAAGAAGCGUCUGCGACUCGAACGAGAGAUGGAAUGCCCCCUGUACCAGGUGGAGCACCGAUAUUCGGAAUUCCGCGAGCUGAGGAGGCGCAUCAUGGAGACCGUUAGAGCGCGAGGAGGCAGAUAUCACCAGCACUGCUCGUACUGCAGCCGCGUCAAGUUCAUCGACUCGUCGACCAGCUUCCCACCUCGCGUGCCGAACCGCGGACUCAUGGCAACAUGCACAGGCUGGCGCCAGAUCUGCACGCACUUCCGCAAGCGGCAACUCGAAAGCUUCGUGAACCAGUUGCUCAAGGCAGCAAAAGAUCUGUCGUACCGCACAGGAAGAGGGCAGUGCGAGCGGUUCCUCGUGGUCUCACAGAUCCUCAGCUCGUUUCUGUCGGCGCCAAGUAUGCUGGCAACGGAGAGCGUGUGGUAAUCCAAUUGUUGGAUUCCAAUAUGCGUUUCUGCUGACGGUUGCCUGUUGCCACGUUACAGCAAGUGAUCAACUCUUAAGUAGUCUUAUUGGUCUUCGCUGGUAUGUCAGGGAGGGAUAGGAAAGCAGGUCCAUGCUGAUUAAUAUAAUGCUGUUCGUCACGCGUCGCGUUCAUCAC